AAGAUAGUGCUAUCUCCUUCUACAAGUGUAUACGCCCGACAACCGGCAGUCUCGGUCAAGUAACCGCAAAGUGUAUACGUUGCAGUCGGACCUUCCAAAUUCGUCAAUGUCUGUCGUCAACUUAAAUCGCAGAAAUUCCAAUGAAACUUUCACAAAGAACAAGUCAAUCAGUUCGAAGAUUUCUACACGUUCGAAGGUUGCAAGAAUUAAUCACCAAAUUAUCAGCUCAUCGACGAUCCCUCGAAGAGAGAAUCGACCAAGUGAAGUCUCGAUGAACAUCCGGAAGAUUAACUGACCAUAAAGAUAAUUGACUGCAAAUAUUCAAGAUUUACCGGAUAAAUUCUAAAUAGUUGAGCAAUGACCGAGGGACCGUUGGGAAAAUACCGCGUGGAAGACGAAAAGAAGAACAGAUAUACAAUGAUUGGCCAGAUGAAUAGGAUAAUAAUCUUGUAAAAUCACCAAACGAAAGUGGGAGGACGUAAAUUAGAAUUUGGUUGUGGUGGGAGUGAGUUUCUUAACAACGAGCUUUAAAGUACACGCCAGUCAUCGGGAUAAAAGCACAGUGAAGCCACGUGUCACGUUUGUCAAAUCAAUUAUUUCACGUUGUAACGUUCAGACGAUGAAGGAGAAGAAAGAACGACGGAUGUUCCUUUUAUCUGCUCGUUUUCCUUCUGUGAUAAUAUUUAACUGAUAAUAUCUAAUAUAACACGAACGUGAAGGCUUCGAACGUCGAGAUUGUUUCAAAUGUAAAUGCAUGCCGAAUCACACCUGAGAUUGACCAGUUAUUCACUCAAGGAAUUAUAUAGCAAAUCGAGAUAAAUGCAUUUGCGCAGAAAGCAGAGAAAGUCAAGUACCGAGUGCGAUUUCCUUUCGCAAGAUUAUUUUUAAAUAGAAUCGAAAUAUUUGCUGGCUUAGAAUCGAAGCAGCAGGGUGUGCAUAUAAAAUUCGGGGAGAUAUGGAGAUAUCUACAUUUGAAGACAAAAGCAGGAUUGAUCGAAUGAUUUGAAGAAAGAACAUUGGCUACGAUUGUUCCGUACGCUUUUCAAUUUCUCAAAAUGGAAGCUAGAAGCAACAAUCAGAAUUCACUGUGGGUAUUUGGAUAUGGAUCAUUGUGUUGGUACCCAGGUUUCAAGUAUAAACGAAGCGCCGUGGGGCACAUUAAGGGAUUCAGCCGAAGAUUUUGGCAAGGGAACAUAACUCAUCGUGGUACGAUAGAAAAAGGUGUUGUUUAUGGACGAGCAUUCCAAGUUCAAGACAGCGCAGCGUUGCCUUACUUGGAAAGUCGCGAAUGUACUUUGGGAGGAUAUGUGACGACAAUUACUACGUUUCAUAGUCGCGAAGGGAACAAAAGUAUUCCAGUCAUUACUUACAUAGCUACCAAUAAAAAUGAACAUUGGCUCGGUGAAGCACCGCUUCAUGCUAUCGCUAAGCAAAUUUCCGAAUGUUCUGGCCCAAAUGGACACAACGUCGAAUAUCUUUUACGAUUAGCAGAGUUUAUGCAUCGUUAUCUACCAGAAGCUCAUGAUGAACAUUUGUUCAAGCUGGAAGUAUUAGUACGUUCGAGAAUAAAGGAAAUGAAUAUGUGCCUGGAUACGCUAAUGGGCGACCGAGACUUCAAUAUCGACCUCGAAGACAUCGAUGGCAAGGAUGAGGAUAACGUGGUUACCAAUAACGCCACUAAAAAUCUUAGGAAAAAUUCCUUCCAAUUCACUCUUCAAGUACCUGAUAAGACUAUGCGUUGCCUGAAAAUGUAAUUCGCAUUUUUCACAUUAAUAUUUAUCGAAUGCCUGGACUUUUACGAUCGUACGAGAUUGCCAAAAAGCAAGGAUUUAUGUAAUUAACAAUAAUAAUGUAGAUAAUAUUUUUUAUAGAUAUUUAUGUAAACGUUCGUUUCGAGAACAAUGUACAUAUUGAGUAGCUACAUAUUGUUCUCUGAUAGGAUAAUUUUGAUACGAACGUACUUUAGUAAGCAUAACGAAAAUCGUAUUUUGAUAAUUUAGUAUUUUAAAAUAUAUUUGCACAUUUCAAUAUUCGCACAUUCGUAUUUUCAUUUUUGAAUGUGCCGGACAUUUAAAAUUAUAUUCUUUUAAAGAAAAUUGUGCCUUAAUUUGGGGAAAAUACAAAUAUGGUGCAUUUUCUAUUCAUAAAUUUUAA